AUGCAGCUGAUAUUGAAUAAAUCAUGUAUUUCAAAGCGAUCAUUAUUAUUGGUAAUUUUUUGUGCAUGUCUUUUAUCUAUUAUAGUUUAUACAAAUUUUAUUAAUAUUUCUCCAUAUAGUUUCAAUAUUUCACAUAAUUAUACAAGUAAAUAUCCAUAUAUAGCAUUAAUUGUUGAUGAUCGAGCAACUCAAUUACUUGUUAAUGCUGUUAUAAAUGUUUUACAACAUAUUCCAAUUGAUUGGAAAGUACAAAUUAUGACACCAUAUCAACAUUGGUUAUUUUAUAAUAAAUCUUCACUUAGUUCAUUAAUUCAAACUAAUCGUGUUUUUUUAACACCAUUAGAACAAACACAAAAUGGUUUAUCAAGUGAUGAAUUUAUUAAUUCUAUUUUAACUUCUGUAUCAUUUUGGCAUCAAGUUCAAGGUGAUAAAGUAUUAUUUUUUCAAAUCGAUUCUGUUCUUUGCUCAAAUUCUUUAUAUAACUUAACAGAUUUUUUACAAUAUGAUUUUAUUGGUGCACCUUGGUAUAUAGGUGGUUGUUGUAAUGGUGGACUUUCUAUACGAAAUCGACAAAAAAUACUUCAAAUGCUUGAAAGUGGUCAUAUUCACUAUCGAUUACAUGAAUUAAAUGAAGAUGGUUGGUUUACGAAGAAUUUACCUUAUUUUAAUGGUUAUGUUGCACCUAUUUCAAUUGCAAAAAGAUUUGCAGUUGAAACUAUAUAUCAUUCACGACCAUUUGCUGUUCAUAAACCUCAUACUAGUACAAUAGGACGAACAAAUAUGAAACAUUUAUGUAAUGAAUGUCCUGAAGUUAACACUAUUACUUCCUAUUGUCAAACAUUCAAAUAA